CUUCCACAAAAUAAUCCAGAUCCGUUGAUACACCGUAGAUAACCUAUCUCUUUGAAACUCCAUCAUAAACUUCAUUGAGAUUGUAUGGCUUGGAAUAAUCACGGCGUGUGGUUAUAUGAAGGUUAGAUAACCUUAAGUUGUGUAUGACCCAUAAAAUCUUUGGUUAGGAUGACUCGGCUGGUGGGCCCGAUGAUCUAAAAUGGAAGCUACAAAACCAUCCACGAGCUAUACGCGGGAUCAUAUGUUAAUACAUGCUACUAUAUUUCGAUAGCAUCAGUAUUAUAAAAGUAGUUGAUUUCCUUUCCGCAUUCGUGGAUUCUCUACACAAUCCUCCCUAGGGACUUUUGACAAGGAUCAUUCUACGAAAUGCGUCUCAUAUUUUUAUAUCUUAGUGUGUGCGUAUCGGUCACUGUUGCACAAGUCUGUAAUGGUUAUGCAGAGCUAUGUGAUCGAAAAUGGUCGAAUAUAUCACAGAUUGGAACACACGAUAGCGCUUUCGUUGGGGAUUUACCAACAGAAAAUCAAAAUAUCGAUGUCACGGCUCAACUAAAUGCUGGUGUUCGGUUCCUUCAAGCGCAAACUCAUUAUUUCCUCAAAACAUUGACGCUUUGCCAUACUUCAUGCUUUGAGCUAGGUCAGUUGUAAAUCCAGUUAUAUCCAUUGAUCAAUCUCUGUUUCCGCUUUUAGGCUUAUCUAUUUUGUAUCCCAAUGCGAUUCUUUUGCUUUGCCCUUAACUCCUCCUCGAUGAGCGAUUACUAACCCAGUGUGGAUACAGAUGCUGGGCCAGCAGUGGAUUAUCUAUCAGAUAUCAAGAAAUGGCUUGAUGCAAAUCCCAACGAAGUUGUAACCUUACUACUCACGAAUGGAGAUUAUGUUCCUGUGGGAAAUUUCAGCGCAGUAAUGGAGGCAUCUGGUCUAGCAAACUAUGCAUAUACACCACCACACCAACUAGCCAUAGACGAAUGGCCUACACUUCAAGAAAUGAUUACGGCUGGAGAUCGACUCGUUAUGUUUCUUGGUGAGUAGUCAGUCCUACCAAUCUUUUUCACAACCAAUAACUUUGUGAAGACUAUGACGCAAAUACAAAUGUGGCUCCAUAUAUCCUACCGGAAUUUUCCUACUUUUUCGAAACUGCAUACGAUGUAACUACUUCUACAUUUCCCACAUGCGCACUCGAUCGUCCUGGAGGAUCUAAUGGAGAUGGACUCUUGCCACUGAUAAACCAUUAUUUGGAUGUCGAUAUUCUUGGCAUACUCAUACCUGACAGGUCAGCAGCUGCAACGACGGUAAGUGAUAAGUCUUUAACCCUUUCACAAACCAAUCGCUAACUUUUACUCAUUUAGAACGCAGCGACGGGCGUAGGUAGCAUAGGGGCGCAAGCCGAUCUCUGCACAACAACCUGGGGUCGACCACCCCGAGUAAUGCUCCUCGAUUAUUUCGACACUGGUAAAUUAAAAUCCUCCAUCCUCUCCAUAAAAUCUCAAACCUAACAUCAAACAGGAAAUGCAUUAGCAGCACAAAAUACUCUAAAUGGCCUGUAAGAAGGACUUUAUGCAUCUAUGUUUCUAAAAAGUAGUAUAGGAACGAGAGCCUAAAUUCUGAGUCUCAGUCGUUGAAAUACUGCAAUGUCUCUUGAUUAUAUGAUUGAAAUGUGAAAACAAAAAUAUUGAUGAAAUGAUUCCUUAUAGGCCAGUGAAAAGAUCAGCCGGUUCGAGAUCUAUUCCUCUUCAAACGAAUUUCCUCUUCUUGAUUGUUUUCACAACUUUUUGUUUUCUUUUCUGAUAUCACAGUUGUUUUUGUUGAAGUUUGGUAGAAUUGCGUUGUUUGUUAAAGGGGAUGGAUGGAGUGUCGCUUAUCUGGAUGUUAGAUGAGGGGGAAUUUAGAAUGGGGUUUUUAAACUUUCAACUUUUACAUUCGAUGCUGGCUUUCAUUCCAAGUGGAUAGGCUACAUACAAAUUCGCUAUUUAGGUUACAUCACUAUAGUCAUAGAGUUUGCACAAGG